UAGCGCUAGAGCAUUCGCACUGUUAGCACCACAGCCUAAUGUGCAUGUAUCUGCUUCCAUAGCCAACUUUUACUUAUUUAAGCGUUAGUGUAAAAUAUCAUGCAUUCGAUACACCUUCUCAGGUCUUCAUAGCUUUAUAUUGUCAGUUGGGUGAGUUUGUAUCAGUGUAGGACUGUGUUUUUGUAAAGAGCUGAGUUAGCUUAGCUGUAGCGCGAGCAGCCUACGAGCCGAAGUUCCCUCAAGCUCCCUUUGCGUCUCUCCUUUAAGAUGCCUGCAAUGUUAGAGAAGGGCACAACCGAGAUAUCGGGUAAAAGGAGGGGCAGAACGUCUGUAAGUAACCCGACCAAAAGUUUUACUUCAAACGGGAACAGUAACAAUUCAUGGGAGGAAGGAAGUUCGGGUUCCUCAAGUGAUGACGAGCAUGGUGCGGGAGGGAUGCGAGUUGGAUCGCAAUAUCAGGCAGUUGUUCCCGAUUAUGAUUCCGAAGUAGCAAAGGCAAGCCAUGAGAGAGAGAACCUGGGUAUGCUUGUGUGGAUUCCAAGUCAGAGCAUAUCAGAGGCCAAAUUGGAUGAGUAUAUUGCAAUAGCCAAAGAAAAGCACGGGUACAAUAUGGAGCAGGCAUUGGGCAUGCUGUUUUGGCACAAACACAACAUUGAAAAGUCUUUGGCAGAUCUUCCCAACUUUACCCCUUUCCCAGAUGAGUGGACAGUGGAGGACAGGGUGCUGUUUGAACAGGGUUUCAGCUUUCAUGGAAAGACGUUUCACAGAAUCCAGCAGAUGCUACCAGACAAGUCCAUUGCAACUCUGGUUAGAUUCUAUUACUCAUGGAAGAAAACACGCAGCAAAACGAGUGUGAUGGACCGUCACGCCCGCAAACAGAGGAGAGACAGAGAGGAGAGUGAUGAUGAAGCAGUAGAAAACCGUUGCAAUUCCCCAGGGGAUGCUGAAUUUGAGCCUAAUAAGGAAGAGAAGAAAGAGGGAACAUCUGGAGUUGAAAAACAAGAAUCAAAACCAGCAGUUGUACAGAAGCCAGCAAACACUGCCGAAAAAUCAAUGCAUAUUAAGAAGGAAGCACAGGGACUUGCUGGGAGGAACCUACACAGGGCAAAAAAAAAACCUCCUAAGGGAAUGCAUUUAAACUCCAGUGAUGUGACUGCAAUCUCCAGCAGCAGCCCGGCUUCAGUUAGCCUUCUGAGACAGCUAGAUAUGGAGCUCAUCAGUAUAAAACGACAGAUUCAGAGCAUUAAACAGAACAAUAGUGCCCUGAGAGACAAGCUGGAAACAGGCGUUGAAGAGUUCAAGCCAUCCGAGGCUAGUCAAAAAUUUAAUACACGCUGGACCACAGAAGAGCAGCUGCUUGCAGUACAAGCAAUAAGGAAGUAUGGGCGGGAUUUCCAAGCUAUUUCUGAUGUGAUUGGCAACAAGUCUGUGGUUCAAGUGAAAAACUUCUUUGUGAAUUACCGUCGACGUUUUAACCUGGACGAGGUGCUGCAGGAGUGGGAGGCUGAGCAUGGUGUGGAGGGAAGAGAGGAAGAAAAGAUGGAGGUGUCUUCCGAGGAGGGGAACAACUCUGGGCCUGCAGAAAGCCAGACAGAGGUAUUACAAUGCAUCUCGGGUGAUCCGAUCACAUCUGGUCAGGAACCAACGUCAAUGGAAACACAGAAUCCUUCAGCUUCCUGAGUUCUCAACCUGUGGUCAGAUGAGGUCAUUUCAGUUGAUAUUGCAGCUGUUCAUAAGGGGCAUUAAGGCUUCAAGGCCUCAAGUGUAGCCUCUUCAUAAUGGACAUUCCUUUUCCCCUCCAAAUCCCACCACCCAGCUGAAUCCAGGAAUCACCAGAUGCUACCACAUGGGAGCGCUAACUCAAGCAACCCUAAGGAACCAGGACCAUCUUCCUCAUUUAUUGCCACUGCCAACAGAAGUAGAGUCUGUGUCUCUACUAGAUUGGUGCUCCAACAAUCAUGUUUAGUUAGCCUUUUCCAUAUAGGGUAAAUGAAACUAAUAGUCUGUCAAAUGGGAGGAAGAAACAAUCUCCCAUCCAAACAUAAUUGGUUAGUGUAUUGUGCUCUUGAAAUCUGUUUCCUAAGGAGCUUUUUCAUGGUGUUUCUCAGUGUCACUGACUAUCUCUUUUUCUUUCUGUAUUCAUAGGACUCUGACUUGGUCCUAGUCACACAUCUCUUCCAGUUACCUUUUUGUUACUGUAGUAUAUCUUCUAUUUAUUUUUUUUUUCUUUCUUUGAAGUAGAAUGUAAGGAGGGUUAGGUGAUCUCUGGUUGGAUUAUGUCAAGCUAUUUAUUUGUGUGAAUUAGGAGAACUGCACUGUAUCAAGAGACAUAGAAUGCCAGAGUAGAUUCAAUUUCAUAAUAUGUUAGUGUCAAUUUAAUAUUAAUCUGAAAAAUUAGAUGGUUAGCAGCUCUUACAUAUUGUUCAAGAGAAUUGGUCCGGUAUUAGGUCAGAAUAAAUUUUUAAUCAAGGACCCUUGUAUAUGGUGAAUUUUAAUUGAAAUGAAUUUUAUCAUACGGUUUCUUGGCUUUUUCGAGAUUUUGAAAGGUUUCGAGGCUUUGACUGUAAGUACUGGCAAAUGUAGUUAUGGAAUGGGAAAUUAUAUUAUAAGAAUGUUUGUUUUUGCUUGUAUUUUAUAGCUAUAAUUUCGACCUGUUUUGCAUGCAUGAAUGUUUUCUUGACAUGGUCUCAGUGCCAAGGUUAAGCUUUUCACCCUCUUGGGGGUGUCUAAACAAAAAAUGUAUAUGGUGUUUGGAGAUAAAAGGUAGAUGAGUUCCUAUUAUAAGGGUUAUUUAAAAUACAUGCACAUCUCACCUGUUUCGACCAACUUUUUUCCCUCCAGUAACUGUACGUGUGAACUCCUUUUAGGCUUAUGAGUGCUGAUAACAUGUAAAUGGUUGAGGUAAAAUUUUGUGUGUCUGCGUACAUGGGUGUGAUCUAAUGUGGCCAUAGACUUCAUCUGUAUAUGUAAUCAGUUUGUCACAUUAGUCAUAAUAAACUUAAAGAGAUACUGUAUAUACUCUCAAAUGCAUUGUUACCAUUUUUUAAAUUAAAGACAUUUUGUUACAUUUAGAGAAUGCAUGCAAUAUA